AUGAKCUUCCUAUWCCAGAAACUUCUUGCCAUGCACUUGAUACUUAACCUUCUUCUCAUGAGAUAUCACUUCUUUCCAAUCUUGUUUUCUUUCUGGAUGGGUGCUACUUGUUUACAAUUUUCCAUAUUUUGUUUACAGGCAAUUUUCUUGAUUGGCGCAGCAGUCACUGAAGUGAAUGGUCUCAACGUUCUUGCACACUGGAGUCUCAAUGGAUCAGAGACAGGAUUAACGUUGCAUGGAGGUCCGACAUUUGUCGAAGGUCGUUUACCAGGCACUAAAGCUAUUGCCUUUACAAAGAUAAACAGCUAUGCAAGAAUUCCAAGAGUCAGUCUUCAACACAGAAGUUUCACCAUCGCAGUAUGGAUUAAAGUGUACAGUAUUCUUUCAAGGCCACAACAUUUUGUCAGUGAUUGGUACAGUCCUUAUAAUUUCUAUUUUGGAAUACUGCAGAAUAACGGGAACCUAAUUUUCUCUCGCCAUACACAGAAUGGUGACUGGCCUUCUGUCAAAACCAGUUUUUCUAUCACACCAAAAAACUGGCAGCACGUUGCGGUGACAUGGAACAGCACAAAUUUGGAAUACAAGCUCUACUUAAACGGAACAGAAGUGUAUUCAAAAAUAUUGUCGUCGGAUAAGACACGUUGGCGGUCUGAAAGAUCAACAUUCGAACUUGGAGACAGUAAACAUUCUCUUGAAAGUCAGUUCCUUGGUGAAUUAAUGGAUCUUUACAUAAUUGAUGGUACAGUGAACACAGAACAAAUCAAUUUUAUUAAAGGUAAGCUCUAG